CUGUAGGUUAGGUGUUGCAGUACCGGCACACGUCACCUCUGCCAGCCUUUUUUAUAAUCGGAUUUUGGGGAGCGUGAGCGCGAAGAUCGGAACACUCCCUCUGGUAUCCAUCAUUUCCACUGUUUCAACAAAACGACGCCCCUCUAACUGUUUCUCGUGAAUUCCAGUUACAGGAAAUUCAAUGGGUCGUAAAGGUUGCAGUGUCUAUCCUCGACGGAAAUUAAUAUGGUAGAUCAAGACUGAUUGAUGUAUGGCAGUGUGGAUACAUGAAUUAAAAUGAGAAAGAUUGAGUGAAAGCAAUGAGAUAGCUUUCUAUUGUAUGUGUUAAGAUUCCAUUUCCGUACGACUGUGUUAUCAAGACUGAUGUCUGGCAGUGUGGAUAAAUGAAUCAAGAUGAUAAGGAUUUAGUGAAAGCAAUGGCAUAGCUUUCUAUUGUAUGUGUUGUUUAAGAUUCCGUUUUCCGUAGGGCCGACUGCUAUCAAGACUGAUGUCUGGCAGCGUGGAUACAUGAAUCAAAUUGAGAAAGAUUUAGUGAAGGCAAAUUCUAUUGUAGGUUUUGUUUAAGAUUCCAACGACCUCAUGAUAUGUAAUAGGGAAUGAUAUAGAUGGGUUGGUUUUACACACCUUUGGUUUAAUUUGUAUUUGUUGACUUUUGUAGUGGUGCUGCUUGUUACACAAUUUUGCGAGCUAGUGACUGUACUACUUAGGUGUUAUUUCACAUUAUCUCAUAGUUAUCAUUUUAUUUCCAAUUUUCUGUAAACUGAAGCUUUGCCUGCUGUUUUAUCUUAGUUGUGUAUUGUGCUGCAAGUUAGAAUGUGGUGAGGGUCUUAUGAUAGAACUUGCUGUGUUUUUAUGCCUUCUAUUACAUUCACUAUAUGAGUCUGUUAGGAAUAAAAGAGAGUAAGUUAGACACGUGUGAGACACGUGUAAGGAGAGUAGUAUGAUAAUUGUUAGUAGAGAGAGGGUAUAAAUAAUAACAGAAUAGGUGGAGAGAGGUGAUCAAAUAUUUUGUCUCUUUUGGAUAGAGACUGGAUCGUUGUUCUAGUGGAGGAAGGGAGGCUUCCUUGGGUUACUUGUAAUUCUGUUUUCUAUACUUUGUAGAGUUAAUAAAAUAUAUAUUCAUACAUUCAUCUCUGUUAAUCAUACAUUCACUCUGUUAAUUGAGUGUUGAGAUAAGAAGAGAGAAUAGAUUAGGUUAUCAUUAUAAAGUAACCUAACAGAUUGGUCCGACCUGCCGGAUCAAAAUCCAAGGAGAGACAAGAUGGAGAAUAGGAUGAGUGCACUGAGGGCAGAUUCGUUUCCAUGGAAGCGAUGUUGGAGGAAAUUCGAGCGGAGAUGAGGGGAAUGGCUCGAAACACGAAUGGCGACCGUGGAAGACGGAACAUUCAUCGCGACAGUGGGAGAAGAAGGAACUAGCGUCAAAGCUCCGAAGGAAGUCGCGAUUCCUUCAACGUUGAACGCAAACGGCGACCACCAGAGAAGUUGGAGGACAAAGCGGAAGAGGACCCCAUGGGCUGGAUCGUGAAGGCAGAGAAAUUUUUUGAUCUACAGAACGUGACGUAGAGGAAGAAGAUGAAGCUGGUAUAUACCUGUAUGGAGAAAGGCGCGAGCUACUAUUGGAUCCGCUUCUGGCGGAAGAAGACUAGACAUCCGAAUUGGAAGAUGUUCAUGGAAGUGCUGACGUGGAGGUUUGGCGAACUGAACCGAGGCACCAUUCUUGAGAAGUUGGCGGCGGUACAGCAGAAGGGGAGCGUCAACGAAUACACCCAGGAGUUUGAAAAUUUGGUGGCACAAGCAUCUGGCGUGGGUGAGAGGAUGGCAGAGGUGCGACAAGAGGGAUCUGGCAAUGUCGGCGGAGGGCAGGAAGAUGAAGAAAAUGAGAAAAUUAACAAUCUCUUGGAUCUGGAGAAUAUGGGUAAGGGAAUGGGAGUAACGGAGCUGAAGCUGAGCACACAUCAACCGCCUUUGCUGCUUCGGUACCGUCUCUUUCACAUGGGUCGCACAAUUAAGGGCACUCUUUUGGUUAACAAAAAGCUUCUUCCUAGGACAACACUGAAAAUUUUUAUAAAGAGGAUGGUAAGAAAUAUGCCUUUGCAAAGAUGGCUGUGUCUCAGAAUAUUGGUGUCCCUUGGAUAAUGUGCCAACAAUGGGAUGCUCCGUGAUUGAUACAUGCAAUUCAUUCUACUUUGAUGAUAAAAAUGAUAGAACAGUGGAAUUUCGGAAUACAUCAUAUCGCUUGCCAACUUGGUCAGUUAGCAUUCUUCCUGAUUGCAAGAAUGUAGUGUUCAACACAACGAAGGUUAAUUCCCAGAAAAAUGUAGUUGCAACGAUUCCUGAAAGUUUGCAGCAAUCAAAUAAAGGUGUAAAUUCUUUGUUAUGGGACAUUGUGAAGGAGAAACCAGGAAUAUGGGGAACAACAGACUUUGUCAAAAUUGGUUUUGCUGAUUUCAUCAAUACUACCAAAGGUACCACUAACUACCUAUGGCAUACCACAAGUAUAUUUGUGGGUGAAAAUGAAGAGUUCUUGAAAAAGGGAAGCAAACCAACUCUUCUAAUUGAGUCUACAGGUCAUGCUCUCCAUGCUUUUGUGAAUCAGGAAUAUCAAGUUGGCUUACAGACAACUGGACCCUUUUAUGACUUUGUGGGGGCAGGACUUACAAGUGUGAAGAUUAAGAGAUUGAAAAAUGGGACGAUAGACUUGUCUUCAUAUGCUUGGACUUACAAGAUUGGAGUGCAAGGAGAACACGUAAAGCUAUACUAGGGAGAUGGGCUGAGUAAUGUCAACUGGACAUCUACUUCAAAACCACCAAAAAUGCAGUCAUUGACAUGGUGCAAGACUAUUGUGCAUGCUCCACCUGGAGAUGAACCAGUUGGAUUGGAUAUGUUACAUAUGGACAAAGGUCUAGCCUGGUUAAAUGGAGAAUUUGUUGAGCGUUAUAUAACAACAAACAAGAAAAUUGAUGUUGGUGGGAAUAUACUUGGUUGUUUUUGCUUCUUGCAGGUUGUAAUGCCAGACUUGAAUCAGUCUUCUAAAGAACACAAGCCAAUAGGCAGAGAAAAUAUUUCUGAAUCCAAAGAGUUAGCUUAUAUACUACAAGUGAUUGAAACCAUGACUCUUGCUUGGAGCUUGAGCCAAGCAGAAUUGGUGGAGGGGGAGACAAAAGAGAGUGACUUAACUCCCAAUAAAGAGGGACCUGCAGAGGGGAAAGAGCUGCUGGAAGCAUUGAUAGACAUCAAAGAUCAUCUUCUCUGGGCUUAUAGUUUUGAAAAAGAGGUGACGAGAAUGUGGGAAGUUAAUAGAAUCAAAGAAGAAUGGAAAACAUUGGAGGAGGAUUUGCCACCACCCAAGCCUCCAGACUAGAAUUCGGAGGACACCAGCUCCCUGACUUCAACCUUGAGGACAAGGUUGAUUUUGAGGGAUGGAGUAAUGUUAGGAAUAAAAGAGAGUAAGUUAAACACGUGUGAGACACGUGUAAGGAGAGUAGUAUGAUAAUUGUUAGUAGAGAGAGGGUAUAAAUAAUAAUAGAAUAGGUGGAGAGAGGGGCAUCAAAUAUUUUGUCCCUUUUGGGUAGAGACUGGAUCGUUGUUCCAGUGGAGGAAGGGAGGCUUCCUUGGUUACUUGUGAUUCUGUUUUCUAUACUUUGCAAAGUUAAUAAAGUACAUAUUCAUACAUUCAUCUCUGUUAAUCAUACAUUCAUCUCUGUUAAUCGAGUGUUGAGGUGAGAAGAGGGAAUAGAUUAGGUUAUCAUUAUAAAGUAACCUAACAAAUUCUUACCAACUAACAGACAUACUUGCAAUCCACCACUACGCGGCUAGAAGAAUGGAGAAUAAGAAGAACAGAUACGGAAAGAUGGAUGCGUCACAGGCAGCUCCCUCGUUUCCUGAAGCAAAAUGUAAGACGUCAUGAACAAUUCAGAUGGGCUGCUACAAGAGGAGUUGAUGAGGAAACUAUUCUUAGAGACCUUCCCACAGAUCUAAGACGUGACAUCAAACGCCACCUUUGCCUCAAUCUAGUUCGACAAGUACCAUUGUUUGAUCAAAUGGAUGAGAGGAUGCUAGAUGCAAUAUGUGAAAGGCUGAAACCUUCUCUUUUCACUCCAGGGGCUUGUGUGGUUCGUGAAGGUGACCUUGUGAAUGAGAUGCUUUUCAUUGUUAGAGGACGCCUAGAUUCUUGCACCACCAAUGGUGGCAGAACAGGUUUCUUCAACUCAUGCAGACUUGGCUCUGGUGACUUCUGUGGUGAAGAGCUUCUGCCAUGGGCCUUGGACCCUCGUCCAACGGUUGCCCUUCCUUCCUCAACUCGCACAGUGAAAGCCAUCACUGAAGUGGAAGCCUUUGCACUCAUUGCUGGGGACUUGAAGUUUGUGGCAGCACAGUUCAGAAGGUUGCACAGCAAACAACUGAGGUAUACUUUUAGGUUCCACUCCCAUCAGUGGAGGACUUGGGCUGCAUGCUUCAUACAAGCUGCAUGGUUCAGGUAUAAGAGAAUAAAGGAGACAAGUGAGCUCAAGAGAAAGGAGAAUAUGAUGAUGGCUUUUGUGCCUGGAACUUGCACUGAACAUUUCUCUGCACCUCUUCAAGCUCCAAUGGGCACUAUGUAUGCUGCAAAACUAGCAUCCGGCCCAAGGAAAGGUAGAAGCCUGAGAUACGGACCUGAACUUGAUAUCCUUGGCUCACUGAGGAAGCCCCUUGAACCAGACUUCACUGAUGAUGACAGUUAAAACAUGAAAACAUUGAAAAAGUGUGUGUGAUAGGAAAUGAGUAUGUGGUUCUUGUUAGUUCUAGUAAAAUUUGUAGCUAUGAAGCAGUCCUGAUCUUUUAGAAUACGACAAAAGGAUGGAAAUAAAUUGGAUCUAAGGCAAAUUUUUUGUAUGAAUAAACGAGUUGACUGCUGCUACAACACAAGUUCCUUUGUACAUGAUUCUAUAAUCUAAUUCUAGUACAGUUUAUUUGUA